AUGCAAGAAAUGAAGCAAGCCCGUGGUUUCUUGCAGCAGCACGCCAUCUUGGCUAUGGUUGAAGCAUCGAAUGUACCCGCCGGCGGGCUGAGUGCGGCGGCAGCCACGAAGCUCCAACUACGGAUUCUAGACGGCGCGCACAGGACGCACUGUGCUUUGCAGCUAUAUGGCAGAGAGUUCGUCAUCCCCUGUCGCAUCUAUACCGAUUUCAAGCCGCUGGAAGAGGCCGUCGUCGCCUCAGGCUUGAACAACGUCGCGCAGGCUCUGGUACCCCGUGGCGUGUUCGACGAUGUUUUCUUCAUGAACCAGCUCCUCGAUGGCUUCAGGAAGAUGAAGGGUUCUGUUGUCCCAUCUGUUAAGAUGAUACAAGACGCCUACCUAAAGGGGGGUGUCUCUCCACCUGGCCAAACAACCAUCCGCCGCCAUAAGGCUGCCGUUUAUUUUCUGACGACGGUAGCCUUCCAGGCGCUGCAGUGGAUCCAAGAGAGAUCUCACGAAGACCCGUCCAUCCACAUGGCGUCCCUUACGUGGACCACUCUCGGCCACAGCGCGUUUGGUGAAGUCGGUCGGACCAGUGGUGCGAUGCAAGCUCUUAUGCUCGAACACAUGGUUAGGUUCCGCUCCCGAUCCGACAACUCGAAGGCGCUAACGGUCGCUGAUCUACCUGACAUCGCCAAACUCGCUCACGAUGCACAUGACUUCAUGGAACGGACUGAGGCGGCAUUUGGCGCUCGUGGCGAGUGGUCCCCCGAGCUAGCAGUGCUGGUAGAAAAGUACGCCUACGUCCAGUCAGGCGCUCUCGAGACAAUUGUCCGCCCAUGGAUGCAAAAGCGGGAUGACAAGGCGAACGAACUCAGCAACAAAUUGCCCGGCGACCGACGUUUGUCCGACGACCACUUCCACGUCAUCUCCGCCGCGAGUCCCCUCGGCCGCAUCCACAAGGCUGUCACUAGGAGGAAGACAGACCCGUCGGCAACCCACUACGAGACAUUUCAGAAGCAGUUUCAGGAAGUUGUGUUGGCCUACAACAUUUCCGAGCUCGUCGCCGACACUUCAUCCAGUCAAGGCUCGACAGAGGGCGACACGGGAGUUGAGGCGACGGAGGCUGGUGUCGGAAGCGGCGCGGGGGGCGGGGAGGAAGGCGAAGAAUCCUCUGACGGAGAAUAUGGGGAUGUGGGGGGCGGAGAGGACGGGGACUUCGGAGACGGAGAGGAAGGAAGGCAUGGAUGGGGUGAUGAGGGAGGAACGGCGAACGAAACCACCCCGCCGACCGGAAAAGUGAAGGGGAAGGGGAAGGGGAAGGAGAAGGGGAAGGAGAAGGGGAAGGAUACAGCCAAAGGACAGGAGAAUGACAACGGAGGCACGGUGGUGAAGGCCAGGCAAGCGAGUCGGCGCAAGUCCACCGGUCACGGAGGGCUGCUGUUGACGCCGGCGCCCGUUGAAGACGUGGAGGAGUGCAUGGCGCAAAAAUUCGUCGUGCACGAGGAGUACAACCUGCUCGAAUUGGAUCGCGAUGAGCAGGCUGCGAUCGACCUCCACAGCCAGGCCAAGUUGGUCUUGCUCAACGUUGGCGCAUUCCAGGGGUGUAAGGCCGACGACGACAGGCUCGCAGACCUCAUCUACAACGUCCGGCACAACAUGAUGUGCCCGCGGGGAACUAUGGCUUUUCUGGUCCCCCAUCCGUGGUUCGAGAAUGGACACCACCUGCAAGACGCUCUCACAGCUACGGGCAUGCGCAUGGUUAUCGAGGAAAACAUGCUGACUCUGGUGUACUCCUCUACCGGAGCAGGACGCCCUGCGUCCGCCGCCAACGUUCAUCUGAAGUUUAGCCAGGACGCGGUCAUGCUCGUACAUCUGACGUCUUCUUCAUCCAGCAACUCGCCGACGGAUGGUUUCACUGUGAACGAGAAAGUGACCACGGACGAACUGUACGGGAACAGCAAGGCGGCCAGUGUAUCACCCCAGUGUUCGUCGAUCCUCACCGACAUCCAACACCCCGGGAAAGGCGUGGACUGGCCAACCAAGGCCUCGAUGUUCCUGGUGAAGAGAUACUCGCGUCAAUGCGACACCGUCUUACUAUUCGGCGCGGAACACAACACCGGAGUGGAAACUGCUAUUUCAAGCGGUCGGAAGGUUGAGGCCUUCGUCGCAUCGCCCGAGUCGGCGGCGAAAGUGGAGGCUAGGACCGAGAUCGCCUUCAAAACCGCGUAUGCGCAGGGGGUUUUUAAGUCCACUGCGGCUGUCACGUCGCAAGUUACAAUCUCUACCGAGCGCCUCCCUUGUGCCAUCCCGGGGCACAAUUCGCCGCCGGCCAUACAGACGGCCUGUGCCGAGGCCGUUGUCGAGAAGCCGGAACUGUCGAAUAAGGACCGCUGCCUGGGCGUUGCGCAAGCUACGGCAGCUAAGAUGGGCUGGGCGAUCGAGAAAGAUGACUACGACGAGUGGGUGUUGAGCAUCUCCUCAACAGAAAGCUACGGACCCCACGAGUAGACCCUGCUGGUUUGGGGGCAGAUGAUUGUGUACGACACGAAAGAGGAAGCGGCCGAAUCCCUGUACCCGGACGCAGACACUGCAGGAUUUGUUCGCCUCAUCCGUGCCCUGGGCCACGAGGAGUUGCGCGCUUCCUGUCUUGCCGGAAAGGAGUUCUUGGGUUCGCAGACUAGUGCUCUCUACCUGUGGAUCGACGCCACCUGUCCGAUGUACUACGCAAAAUGCGCGCCGGAUGAAGACUGCCGCUACCCAGUAGUAUUUAGUUCCUGUGUGCCGCAAGACGUGUCUAGCUAUGACCGGAUGGCUGGCCUGUGGAAAGUAGGGGCGAAUGGCAUUGCUCAGGAUAGCGGCAAUCUUGGCUGCCUCAUCAGGGUCCAGAUGGAGAAGAUUAUUCAGGCUACGAGGGGCUCUCGCCAACUGCACGCAGUCCGCGUUGUGACACCCGACCAACCGGUUGUCUUGGUCUUACCUCCGACUGAACUGAGGAAAAUACAUUCCAACGCAGACGAGAUACGCGCCGGACAACUCUCGGUUGUGCCGGAAACCCAGGCGUCUGAUGUCUCGGACGUCGAGGACAUUCCUGAUGAUGUCCCUCCCCGUGACCAAAACGGGAGUGGCCAUGCGGACGGGGUGAAGGGAGCGCAGGGGGAGAAGGACUCGACGAAGGACAACGACGUCGACAAGGAGAACGCGGCUGCCCCUGCAAUCGCGACCGAGAAGACGGCGCAAUCUGCGAAAUCUUCUCGUGCUGCUAACCCGACCGCGGGGUGUUCUUCAGUACAGCACCCCCACGACACCAGGGGCUCUUCAAACAAGAGGGGACUAACCCAACCUCAGAAACCCAUAAAUACGGGUAAGGUGAAGAAAACCCGUCGAGUGCUUCGAACUCUGAGGAUAACAGGACAACACUAACCCAAACCCAAGGCGGACCACUUCUACUACGCUACGGUGUCGGCAACGUAGCGGAAAGGAUGACUGCUGGUGUCUGAGUUUGAGGUCGUUCACGUAGCUUUCCAACCUAGCAGGUUGUUGUUCUCAAGGCAGCCUGCGCGGAAACACGCUGCAACCUGGCGGUUCGUUCGCGACAUCAAUUGGGGAGGAGCAGGCCCUGCUUUUGUUUAUCUCCUUUGCCUUCGUUCACCUGUGGCACAGGUCUUGUCAGAGUUGCCUGUUGGGAUCCAUCAUUGGGUUCGGGAAUCUGCUGAUCUCUUGGGUUUCCGGGGCUUUCCGAGAAGGCACCAUGUGGCGUUUUUUUCCGUAUGAAUGUAGUUGAAGGUGUGCCUAAUGACGGCAUCCCUAGUUUGAAGCUUUGAACAACAAUGCUCUUGACGGAGUGUCUAGGAGUGUCGACAUUCUGGCGUAUUGGGGA